AUGAAGUACUCCCCUGACCACGACUGCUUCCGUACUCGAGGAGUGCUCUCCCGCGACACCAUCGUCGAGAUCUACAAGCUCCGCACAAACGAUAAGAAAAUCAAGACCGCCGCAAGCGCCUCGGUAGGCCUCAAGCACGGCGUUACGGCCAAGGCCAUCAGAGACAUCUGGAACCGGCGGACAUGGUGGAACGUGACGGAGGCGCUAUGGACGGAGGAGGAGCGGGAGGACUACGCGAGGAGGCGGAAGCCAUGCGGGAAGGCGGGGAGGCCUCGAGGGUCCAAGGACUCGAAGAAGCGGAGAGCAAAGAUCGGGGCAGGUCAGAUAAGCAUGGCAGCCAGUAGAGUAGACGAGCAAGCCCGAGACAGGACUGACCGGCCCAGUGACAGCCAUCAAGCUGGCAGGCAGGAGCUCUGCGUACGGCAAGGUGCAUCGUCGUCGUCAGAAGGCGACGAGCGGGAGGACGAGGACGAGAGCGAAGAGGACGCGGAAGGCGAAGACAAGAAGAGCACAAGUCGUGGGGAUGACGACGAGGCUCGGGCAUCGAUAGGCAUCGCAUACAGCAGCUGGAGCGAGGGAGCGGGGCUGCCCCGACCCAUCCACAUGUCAAGGGAGGAGCUUUGGGGCGAGGCUCUGCGGCACGUCAUGCGAUGA